UAAAUAACAUGUCGAAUCCACUAGCGCCUGAGACGGGGGACCAUUCUCGAAGGGCUAUAGUUGCUGAAUACGCUCGAAAGUGCUACAAGUCUUUUCAGCAUUGCCUCGAUAGUGCUAGCAAGGUGGACAAAGCUAGCAGGCCUGGGACGCAAAUGUCACUAAUCCGGGUCGAGGAUCAACUCGCCAGAUUCCAGCUUUGGACGGCGAAUAUCUGUGUCUUCAGCAGUGGCCGCGAUUCUCUUGAUUAUCGACUUAGAGAAGCUCCAGACGUUCGGACACCAGUGAUCGGCCUCUUGCAGGCACUAGACUUUCGAGUUAAGACCUGUUCAAGCAUCCUCGGCUCGAUGCUUCGAGGUCCAGAGAUCACAUCAAUUGAAGAGAGUGUUGGGAAAUUCGUGGAUAGUCUAGACAGACUAUCAAGCGAAAUUACCCUGCUUCACAGGAUCACAAACACGAUACGUCGUGCUAGCAAAGAUAUACAUAACAGUAGAGCUGCAAACGGUUUCAAGAUCAGAGCCGUUGGAGGCCAAGAUGCAGGACCAUUCCUCCAACAGGUUUUCUUACACUAUCUAACCGAUAGGUUCCCUGGUGCCAAUAGUAUCAUUCAAGAACGCCUAGCGGAAUCUAUGGUCCUUCGUUGCAAAAGGAUGCUAUACCGUCGUGAGCGGUAUGGAAAUAACCCAAUACAACUCCCACAGAUCGAACCUGCUCCACGUAUCUCACAUCCGGUGCCUGAUGUCAUCAUACCGCUAUAUAACGCCGAAAGACCUGCUAAGAAAAGAAAGAUGGCAGUAGCAGCCCAGAGUGUUGUUUAUUCGACUGCGACUGCGACAACUUUGUCACCCGAGAGAUUCAGGAAGGCCGCCGCCCCAUCUGCCGUUUCUAAAACAGUCGAGAUAAGUGAUAAUGAUGGUGAUGUGUUUCCCCCUGCUCCUAUUCGCACUUUGAUGCAAAGAUUCAAGAAGAGGAAGCAAAGUAUUGAAGACAGACACAUGAAGAAGCUAUCGGCAAUAACUGGAUACGAUGAUGGUGCAGAGCUCUCUGCUAAACGUACACGGGAUGGCGCAUUAGCCAAGGCCUGGAAUGAUUGCCUUGAUGCAGUGGGCGAAGUCACCUGCCCUUACUGCUUUCAGAUGCUACCAGUUCGUGAGGCCGUUGAUGAUCUAAAAUGGAAACAUCAUGUCAUGAAUGACCUUGAGCCCUAUGUUUGUCUGUUCGAGGCUUGUCAGACACCUGGGCAUUUAUACACUCACAGCAGCACGUGGAUCAAACACAUGAAAGAGCACGCUUUACGAUGGCGCUGUACGUCGAGGCGGCAUGGCGAAUUCGUGACUGACUCUAGAGAGCGCUAUCUCGAUCAUAUGAAGAACGUUCAUUCAGGAGCAAUCACUGAUGCUCAGCUUGAGGUUUUGGCUGACCAGAAUUGUUGUAUGACUGGUCCUCUAUUCAAAGCUUGUCCGCUUUGUGGUGAAGAAACACCGAGUACGUCGCUGACCGAGCAUCUGGUUGGCCACAUGCGCUCCUUGGCUCGCAAAUCAUUACCAUCUCAUCAGUGGCGAACAUACCAAUGAGUUGGGCAAGCCCACAUAUUCACGGACUCAAUUCCAGUGCUGCUCCAGGCCUUCAACACUGAAAGACUUCUAGGCUGGUAUUGAAGAUAACUGGUGCCUUAUGAGGUAUUAAGACUUAGGGGUCAAGGAAAGAAGAGCAUCAAUGGAACCCAGGCAAAAGAAUUACAUAGGCGAGAUUGAAAAGCCGACCCAGGAUCUGAUCUAAAGUGGUGGAGGAAAAGAGAUGCAUUGAUGUUUAUAAGGUUUUAUCGCCUAAAUUCAACAACAUACCGAC